CAGCUACGUUCUUCCGUUGCGCUGGUGGGGCCUCCCGGUGAAAAUGUCGUGUCCUAUGAUUGAACACGUGUCAUCAAACCCUCCAAUGAUCACCUGCCAUGCUGAGGGCAUGGUUGUGCAAACUGAAUGGACCAACUCUGCCUCCAACAUUAAAGCAAAUAUAAAUGGAAACUGGGAGCCUUUAUUGACAGCUGCGCGCAGAUGUGCGUUUGGAAUUGUUGAACAUCCUGAAGGUGUAGUGAUCUCUGUACGCUUUGCCCCUUGCCUGAGAAAAAAGGAUGGAUUGUACACCUUUGAACUUGCUGCAGAUAAAGAAACCAAGAUUUCAUGUCCAUCACUGUUGGCAGCUGAUAUCAAAUCCACAGAUUUUCCAAAAGCUCCUCUACAGCAAAGUGAAAAGCCAAGUGGCUGGAUGACUCCUUUCAGUACACCAUAUCCUAGUUUAUCCCCUCGUUCUGGUCAAACUGGCUCCCAGAUUCCAAAUUUUCCUCAAAGCCAAGAUCUUCCCAGCAAGCCAAAUCAAGUUCCAAAAGGAUUUGAUCCAUCUUUUUUCUAUAGUUAUUUCUACCCUUACUCUGGCAGUCCAGAAACCACCCAUACUAAACCACUACAUAUCCUUACUCCUACAAACCCUGCAAAUACUCAAAAUGCAGGUGCAGAUUUUCAUUUUCCCAUUAAUCAGUUGCCUGCGUUUCUGCCAAUGUGGCCACCAGUGACUAAAUCACCACCACCUAAACAUGAGGUUGAUCAGUAUCAAUUUCAUCUUUCACCAAAGUUGCCUCUGAAAACUGCAGAGCCACCUUCAAGUUACCCAAAGGGUCAAGAGCAGGGGCAUCCUGAUCAGUUUUCUGAUACACAAACUUCACCUCAAACUCUUUCUUAUCCACUCUAUCUUGAAAAAUUACCUGAGAAACCUGGGAAGUUGCAUACCUUAGUAUCUGAAAAACCUCAACCUGAAGAAAACUUGCCACUCAAUCUAAUCUGUACUCAACAGAUAUCGGCUUCAAAACUUGCUGGUGCUUCUCAAGGCCAGGUAUCCCAACCAUUCUACCUCUUGUGUACCCAGCUGAAACUAGCCUUAAAUACUGCUUCACAACAGCCACACCAUAAAAUUCCUCAGGGUCAGGAAUACCAUACAUUUUUCCUCUCAUGCACCCAGGAUACGCAAGCUUCUAAACCCAUGUCUCAACCAUUAUACACUGAAAGCGGUCAAAUGUACCAAUCAUUAUACCUCCUAUGCACCCUAUUGAGACAAUCCUCACAACCCACUGGUGUUACUUGGCCACCACAACAUGAAGCCCUCCAGACCUAUCGAUAUCGAGCAUUCUUUCCCUACUAUGUCCAGUUACAGCCAACUUCAAAACCAGAUGUUACUCAGCCACCUCAGCCUCGAACUCCUCAAGGUCAAGUAUACCAGCAGUUUUCCUUCUAUACCCAAUCAAAGCCAACUCCUAAACCUGCUGAGCCGCAACAACCUGCAACUCCUCAAGGCCAAUCAUUCCAGCAGUUCUUUCAAUUCUUUACUCAACCACAACCAACUCUAAAGCCUGCUGACAUUACCCAGCCACCACUACCUAAUGCCUCUCCAAGCCAAGUAUACAAGCAUUUAUUGGACUACUUUUAUCAAUUAAAGCAAGCUCACAAACCUGCUGUAACCCCACCACCAAAUCCUGCAACCCCUCAAGGCCAAGCCUACCAGUCUUUAUUGGACUACUUGAUACAACAAAACCAAACUCCCAAACCUGAUAUUCAAUCACCACAACCUGCAACCCCUGAAGACCAGAUAUACCAGCCAAUCUUCCACUUCCAUACUCCACUAAAACAAACUCCAAAAUCUGCAGUGACUCUUCCACCACUACCUGCAACCCUUCAAGGUCAAGCACACCUGCCUUUAUUGCACUACUUUUCUCUAAAACCAACUCAAAAAUCUAAUGUAACCCCACCUCCAAAACCUGCAACCCCUCAAGGGCAAGCCUACCAGCCUUUAUUGGACUACUUUACCCAACUAAAGUCAACUUCAAAACCUGCUGUUACUCAACCACUACAACCGUCAACCCCUCGGAGCCAGGCAUACCAGCAUUCUUUCCGUUUCCCCACUAAAUCAAAACUAACGUCAAUCCCCACAGUCUCUGAGCCAUCGGACCUAGACAUUCCUCAGGGUCCUGUUAACCAGCCAUUCUCCCACUUGCGAAAACCUGAACUUCAAUUGAUCUCAAAGCCUUCUGAUCCACUGCCUGAACCCUCCCACAGUCAAAUGUACCAGCUGCUCCACCCUUACCAAUUACAUACACAUCCAAAGCCAGUAAAAGAACCCACACUUGUUCCUCAGCCAUCACAGCCUGCAGUUCUUCAGGGUGAAGCACACCAGAUGUGCUUAUAUGAUCAGCUGCUUACUGAAAGCCAGAUUGCAAAGAUGCCAACUGAUAUUAUUCUAGGAAAAGUGUUAAAAGAUCAGCGCCAGUGGAGCAAAGGGAACUAG